CUCAGGACAUGGAGGUGGCUGCUCAGAGCGUACCUCAGAGAAGUUUCGGAAUUGACUACGACUGCAACUGCUUCGUCAAGGAUGGGAAGCCAUUCCGCUACAUCUCGGGUAGCAUUCACUAUGCCCGUGUGCCCCGGUACUAUUGGAAAGACCGUUUGUUGAAGAUGAAGAUGGCAGGCCUUGAUGCCAUUCAAACGUACGUGCCAUGGAACUAUCAUGAAUCUGAGCCAGGACUAUAUAACUUCUCUGGUGACAGAGAUGUAGAAUAUUUCCUGCAGCUAGCUAACGAGACUGGCUUGUUGGUAAUACUGAGAGCUGGACCUUAUAUCUGCGCAGAAUGGGACAUGGGGGGUCUGCCUGCAUGGUUAUUGGAAAAAGAAUCAAUUAUUCUCAGAUCUUCUGAUUUAGAUUACCUGGCAUCUGUGGACAAGUGGAUGGGUGUCUUUUUACCAAAGAUGAAGCCUCUUCUUUAUCAAAAUGGAGGGCCAAUUAUUAUGGUGCAGGUUGAAAAUGAGUAUGGAAGCUACUUUGCCUGCGAUUACAAUUACCUUCGCUAUCUCCAGAAGCUCUUCCGCCACCACCUUGGGGAGGAUGCGGUGUUGUUUACCACAGAUGGGGCAAGCAGAAGUUACUUGAGAUGUGGAGCCCUGCAAGGUCUUUAUGCAACAGUGGAUUUUGCCCCAGGUUGUAAUGUCACAGCAGCAUUUUUAUCUCAAAGAAGCAGUGAACCAACAGGCCCUUUGGUUAAUUCUGAGUUCUAUACUGGCUGGUUGGAUCACUGGGGUCAUCGUCAUUCUUUUGUGCCAGCCCAGCUGGUAGCUAAAUCUCUUAGUGAAAUCCUGGCACGUGGUGCUAAUGUUAACAUGUACAUGUUUAUAGGUGGGACCAAUUUUGCCUACUGGAAUGGAGCAAAUAUGCCAUACACACCACAGCCUACUAGUUAUGACUAUGAUGCUCCAUUAAGCGAAGCAGGAGACCUCACGGAGAAAUACUUUGCUCUGAGAGAAGUAAUUGGUAUGUAUAAAAGCUUACCUGAGGGUCCUAUCCCUCCAACAACACCAAAGUUUGCAUAUGGGCAGGUUCAAAUGGAGAAGAUAGGCACUCUGCUAGAAGUUCUUGAUGAUCUGUCACCAUCUGGACCAGUAAAAAGCAUUUAUCCAUUGACAUUUGUUCAGCUAAAACAAGUAAGACCUUUUCUUGUUACUGUUAAACAUUUUGGCAAAUAUGUCCUUGGUGUAACUCCAUCUAAAGUAAAGGCUUUACACCAAAGGUUGCCCUUGGUCCAUUAUAUCUUGCAGCAGCUGACAUGAGACAGUCAUUCAGGGACACGUUGGAGGAUCUUACGGGCAUUAUAUCUUACUGUAACGCCUGCUGCUGUGGUUCUUGGACUUUCUGGUGUGGAGUUUCCUCCUUGUUUGUCACAUCUGCUAUUUGGGUCACUGAAUUUUUGGUAUCUCCACUGCAUUUUAUCAGGGGUUCUCUUGUUCCCUCCCUUUCUCGCUUUGUGCUUGCUUGUCAUCUUUGCUUUCCAUUUUUUAUUCUUCCCUACUGCCUGCCUGCAUUUCUCAUAUUCUUUCUCCUUGAAGUUUUCAGUCUUUGUGUUGCAGGUACUUCUUAAAAUAUUGUGGCAGACUGGGGUUCC